GGACCGGGAGGUACGUGCGGGGGAGUUUUAUCGUGGGGGAGAGAGAGAUUAUUGCCAUUGGAGAUGAGGAAUCCAUUUUCUUGUGGAAAACGAGCGGCGUAGCUACCCGAGGACAGUGCUUUUGUAAAAAGUUGCAAAAGAAAAAAGGGGCCUUGGGGUCGCCAACCAGGAGUUGAGCCCUGUCGCCCUUCCGAUUUUAAGCUUUUCUGGGAUCGGAGAAGAACGGGGGCUCGGGUGGCGUGGGGGAGAUCGGAAAAAGGUGGGAUUUUGAGCACUGGUAUGUGUUGGAUUUCGGACAUAGAGGUACCUCCUUUUCUCGAUUCUUGAUAACUGUGAUUAGAUUAGUGGGUGUUUUGGAUUUCUGGGUUUUUGCAGCUGGUGGUUUUGCCGAGAUUAAGUUGGGUUUUUUUGUGGAUGAAGAAGUGGGCUUUUGCUUCUGACUUUUCUUCGAAAUCUUGUCUUUUUUUGGUGCCUUCUUGUGUUUGGCUUUCUGGAGAUCGUGAGUUAGGUUUUGCUUUCGGAGGAGGAAGAAAGGAGGUAUUUUCAGAAGGAUUUUGGACUCUGGGAAGUGCGGGAAGAGGGGUUCCCCCACUAAUUUGCUGAUCGGGAGGAUUUUCUGGGUUAUAUUCUUGGCUAAACCACUGUUUCCGAGCUCUGAAUCGGGGUAACAGGGAGAUGAAUUAAAAGGCCUUGGAGGGUUCACAUCAAUUUAUUUUCUUCCUCUUCUCUAUAUAGUUGAAAAUCUCGGUUCUUUAGCCCCAGGCAGCUGCUUAUGGGUUCUAAUCCUUCGCUAGUGCGUGGGAUCUAGGACCACCCAAUCAGUGAUAACUUUAGGGGAAAACUUGUUCCCAGUCAAAACUGAGAUUUUGCUGGCCGCAGUUUCUGGGUGAGAUGCUUGGCAUGAGUAAAAUUAUGGAUUAGAAAGUUAUAGAAUAGAAGAGGGAAGGAAAAGGAAAUUCUUUUAUCCAAGAUCUAUUUAACUGUGGAGAUGGAGAAACAGCAAAGCUUUCGUCUUGGAGCAUUCGAGAAAUUGCAGAGCUUUCGGCUGGGAGCUAUGGAGAAACAAAAGAGCUUUCGGAUGGGAUCGCUUGAGAAACAAAAGAGCGGUCGGUUGGGGUCCAUGGAUAAACAGCAGAGCUUCAAGGAGAGGAGGAACAAGGAUAGCCCUGGGAAGCGAGGGGAUACACCAUUGCAUCUGGCUUCUAGAGCUGGCAAUGCGGUGCAUGUUCAGAGGAUUCUUUCUGAUUGCGGUGAGAGCCAUUUGAAAGAAUUGAUUUCCAAGCAGAACCAAGAUGGGGAGACGGCGUUGUAUGUUGCUGCAGAGAAGGGUCAUGUUGAGGUUGUUCGGGAGAUAUUGAAAGUAUCAGACUUUCAAUCAGCUAACACCAAGGCCAAUAACAGCUUUGAUGCACUUCAUAUUGCUGCUAAGCAGGGCCAUCUGGAAGUUUUGAAAGAGCUGUUGCAUUUUUUCCCCGCACUGGCUAUGACUACAAAUUUAUUGAAUUCUACAGCCUUAGACACUGCCGCCACUCAAGGCCAUCUGGAUGUCGUCAAUCUUCUGCUAGAAACAGAUGCUAGCCUUGCCAAAAUUGCACGAAAUAAUGGAAAAACUGUUCUUCAUUCAGCUGCAAGGAUGGGCCAUGUAGAAGUGGUAAAAUCCCUUUUAAAUAAGGACCCCAGCAUUGUUUUCAGAAUAGACAAGAAGGGGCAGACAGCAUUUCACAUGGCUGUGAAAGGCCAAAAUGUCGAAAUAGUGCAAGAACUGCUGAAGCCUGAUAAGUCAAUAAUUCAUUUGGAAGAUAACAAGGGGAACAGACCAUUGCAUAUUGCUACUAGGAAGGGCAAUUGUGGGAUAGUGCUGGCCUUAUUAUCAGUCGAGGGAAUUGAUGUCAAUGCAGUCAAUAAAGCUGGUGAGACUGCUCUGGGUAUUGCAGAAAAAUGCUGUCAUGAAGAGAUUGCUGCAGUUCUAAGAGAGUUUGGUGCUGUGGUUGCAAAGGAGCAAGCAAAUCCACCGAACCCUGCAAAGCAGCUAAAGCAAACUGUCAGUGACAUAAAACAUGAUGUUCAAUCCCAACUCCGACAAACCCGUCAGACUCAAAUGAGGGUUCAGAAGAUCAGGAAGAGACUUCAGAAGCUGCACAUUGGAGGUCUCAACAAUGCCAUCAAUUCUAACACAGUCGUUGCAGUGCUCAUUGCCACUGUGGCCUUUGCAGCCAUAUUCACCGUGCCUGGCCAGUUUGUUGAGCAACCGCAAGAAGAAGAAGAAGGUUACACCCUUGGACAAGCUUACGUGGCAAAGAAUGCAGCAUUCAUCAUCUUUUUGGUCUUCGACUCAAUGGCCCUCUUCAUCUCUCUUGCAGUGGUUGUUGUUCAGACUUCAUUAAUAGUUGUCGAGCAGAAGGCCAAGAGGAUGAUGGUGUUUGUGAUGAACAAGCUGAUGUGGCUGGCAUGUCUCUUUAUAUCGGUUUCCUUCAUUUCACUGACGUAUGUUGUGGUGGGCCACAGUGACUGGUGGCUUGCCUGGUCUACCAUGGCAAUCGGUGCCUCUAUUAUGCUGACCACCCUGGGGUCCAUGUGCUACUGCAUCAUUGUUCACCGGCUCGAAGAGAAAAACUUGAGAAACAUAAGGAGGGCCUCUGGUAGUAGGUCACACUCAUGGACUGUAUCUGUGGCAUCAGACUCAGAGAUACUGAAUAGCGAAUAUAAGAAGCUGUACGCAAUUUAGAAUGGAUGGGUUCAUAUAUUGUGGUAUCUGCACUUCAAGAGCCCUGUCUCAGCAUCUCCAUAAAAUUUUCUGCACCCUUGUAUGUAUAUGCUUCAAAAGAAAGUUUCGUCAUUGGCAUUUUAGCAAGGUAUUGACUAGAUUGGGUUUAGGCCUCCGCAAAGGAUCUAUAUAUGUUUGAAGGUCACUGUUGCUUCCUGAAAUAAAGGACAUAUCUGUCAAAGUUAUUGCACUAGUUGAAAUUAAUAUUCAAGCAGGUUAUUUUUGCAGGUGUUAUAGAAGGGAAUCCAUUCGAUACCAGAA